GAUGGUUUGUCUAUGCUCUUAAAUUAUUUCUUAUGAAAAAGGAAAAAGAAAUUAAAUCGAUUACACAGACUGUUUAUUCUCUCUUUAUUAUAUCCUGAUUAAAUAGUUAAUUGACUUUAAUAUUUAAUGAGGAUUAGACUCCGCCCAAACCUCUCCUCCCACAUCAAGAAACCACAAUUCGUUUGGUCAACAAUCCAGAGAAAGCAUGGAAGAUGUAAGCAAUGAAGUUACGAACCGAAACUUGAACGAUCUCCCUGAUGAUAUCCUCCUCCACAUCCUCACCUUCCUCCCCACACUCGACGCCGUCCAGGCCUCCCUCAUCUCUCACAAAUGGCACCCCCUCUGGUCUCACGUUCCCGCCCUCAACUUCAACUACAAACUCUUCCCGCUGCGCGAGCCGCCAUUGGAUACCCGCCAGUUCUACGUCGAGUUCGUUGACCGUGUUCUGGUUUCCCGCACUGAUUCCCGGGUCUCCACUUUCCGCCUCUCUUUCAUCCACCACAAUCACUACAGCUCCCAUGUCGACUCUUGGGUGCGAUCCGCUGUGACCUGCCUCCGCACCCGCGAGCUCUAUCUCGACUUCUUCAUCCACAAAAAGUUUCACAACGAAGGUACCCGAACUAACUGGUACGCUUUCCCUUUCUCUGUUCUGAGAGAUGGGUGUGUUGAGAAAUUACGACUUACGCGAUGUGAUGUUAUAUUGCCCCCUGAACUGUCCACCAUGCGGUUUCGGUCAAUUAGGUCAUUAUUUCUCGAUCAGGUUUACUUGUCGGACAAGAUGGUGGGGGAUUUGAUACUGGGGUGCCCCAGUUUGGAGGAUUUGGAGCUUCAAAACUGUUGGGGGCAUCGUCAUUUGAAGAUAUGUAGCAAAAGGCUCAAGAAGCUUGUACUUGGGCAUUUUUAUGAUGAUUCUUAUAUCCGAGCGAGGAUUUUGGUCGAUUGCCCAAACCUUUGUUCGAUUAGUUUUGAUUGCUGCAGCUUUUAUAUGUUUGAGCUGAAGAAUGCGUCAUUUCUGGUUGAGUUUCGUGUUAUUGUGCACCUGAUCGAUCUAUCCGAUUGUUAUUUGAGUAGGGUUGUUAGGCUACUCGAACAAGUGCCUAAUCUGAAGUAUCUUUAUGUGCAAAACUGGUGGUUUAAGUUUACGACAUCAGAUUUCUUGCCUGAAAGCUUUAGACUCCACAAUCUGAGGCUAUUAGAGCUACAAACAGGGUUCACGCAGUAUGAUCUCAUUGGCAUGCUUGUACUGAUUGAACUUUCGCCCAAUCUCGAGACAAUGAUUCUGGAACACCAACACAAGAUUGAAGCAGAUAAUGAGAUUUUAUCAGAAGAGUUGUUAGAUACUCCAGUUGACUUAAGCAUCCCGAGUCUCAAGCAAGUUACUAUCAAACCGUAUACCGGAACCGAAGAUGAAGCUAAUUUUGUGAACAUCUUAAUCAGGCAGGGAGUUGUUCUGGAAAAGAUUGUACUCGUUCCUGGCCAGGUUGAAGAGAACCGAAGAGUUGUUCUGAAGCCGCUUCCUCCGGUUGUUCUACAAAGGAAGGAUUUCCAAAGUUGGAAAUGUACUCUCUCCUCUGCAACACCACCUGUGGAUAAUUGACAAGUUAUUGUGAGAGGGACGUUUUAUGCAUUUGUAAUCAAUUGUUAUUCCGACAUUUUAAUAUCUUACUCUCAAUAAUUGACUCUUAUUUGUGCUGGCCGUGAACAUCUAGAUGGUCAUGACUAGUCAAUUAUAUACAACGUGUGGACCUCAACUACAAACUUUCUCGCGUUGCCUCUUGGAAUAUGGUUUUGGACAUAUUGCGAAGUCUUUAUAGAAGUGACAUUUAUGGGAUCA